AUGAGUGCUGAAGUUCCUACAUUUAAGCUAGUUUUGGUUGGUGACGGUGGUACCGGUAAGACCACUUUUGUCAAGAGACAUUUGACUGGUGAGUUUGAGAAGAAGUACAUUGCCACCAUUGGUGUUGAAGUGCACCCAUUGGCCUUCCACACUAACUUCGGUGAGAUCAAGUUUGAUGUCUGGGAUACCGCUGGUCAAGAGAAGUUCGGUGGUCUAAGAGACGGUUACUACAUCAACGCCCAAUGUGGUAUCAUUAUGUUCGAUGUUACUUCCAGAAUCACUUACAAGAACGUUCCAAACUGGCACAGAGACUUGGUCCGUGUCUGUGAGAACAUCCCAAUUGUCCUAUGUGGUAACAAGGUCGAUGUUAAGGAGAGAAAGGUGAAGGCUAAGACCAUCACUUUCCACAGAAAGAAGAACUUGCAAUACUACGAUAUUUCCGCCAAGUCUAACUACAACUUCGAAAAGCCAUUCUUGUGGUUGGCUAGAAAGUUGGCUGGUAACCCUCAAUUGGAAUUCGUCGCCUCCCCAGCUUUGGCUCCACCAGAAGUCCAAGUCGAUGAGCAAUUGAUGCAACAAUACCAACAAGAAAUGGAACAAGCUACCGCUUUGCCAUUGCCAGAUGAAGACGAUGCUGAUUUGUAA